UGAUUUUAUUUGACAACUGGAAAUCUUUUUUGCAUUAUUCUUUGUCUUUCUUUCGGCAAAAUGAAAUCCAUUCUUCUGACUGUCAUCAUCAUCUCCGUGGCUCUUGUUCAUCAGGGGCGAGGUGCCCCUCAUGCACAUUUACAGCCCUGCCAGGAGCCGGCCACCCCGGGAGCAUACAACACUUUUGCCAGACGACACAUCAUCACCGAAACCUUUGACAGGAACUCUCUGCAGGAGUGGGCAAGGUGUGCUUGAACAUUAAAUCCUUUUUACAACUUUCAAAUAUCCAUUGGCAUGUAUUCGCCACACUAGACAUGUCUUUUUCACGCAGUCUCUCACAGAGUAGUGAACCUUUUCUCACCUGAGGGAGUGGGUAAUGCUCCCACAUUCAUUCACUGUACAUUACAAAACUUUUUUGAUGUCUUGUUCUCCCUGACCUAACUGUUUUUGAUACUGCUGGAUUCAGUUUUUUAAUAAGGUCAAAAUCAUUUUUCAACAUUUUUUUCUGUAAAGUUUCAACUUUUUUCAAAUGAAUAAAGGCAGAAAUGAAUUGCAGAUUAAAGAGCAGGAUUAGGGCAACUAAAAACUGGAAUAUUUUAAUCACUUUUUUUUUCAGAAAAAAAAAUUAAUUCUGACUCUUCUAGCCAUGUCUGCACCACAGUAAAAUGAUCAAUAAAAUGGCUUAAACUCAUCUGUUAUAAGGGUUAAAUGUUAUUUUUGUCUAGAUGCUGAAACAGACUAGUAUAUUUGGCCCUAACUGAGUAAUAAAGCCCAAUAACGUCAGCUUACAACAGAGUUCUAAAAAGUGGGUUUUAAUAGUUAAUCUGAAUUAACUGAAACUUUGUUUUGACAACACAGAUACCUUCGGAACAAUAACCUCUGUGGCAGAGUUCCUACGCAGUCUUUCAUUGACGCUGAAGAAGCAGACGUGAGGAGGAUCUGUUCCUACUCCGGCCGGCGUGUGAACAACGCUCCUCAAGCUCAGGGUGACUUCUGCAUGAGUAAUGCAAUCAUGAGGUUGUAUGACGUUGAUUCUGACAAGCGUUGCAACAUUUGGCGUCUGGCAGCUGUUAAUCACUAUGUAAUUGUUCGAUGUGCUCAGGUCGAUGGUACCUGCCUGCCCAUUCACUUUGAGCGUUUCAGAAACCAAAAGCCAUCUAAAACUCCUUGCACUCCUCGCAGGAUUGGGUAGAAUUACGGCACAAUUCUUUCCCACUGUCAGGCUGAUGAUUUCCUGACAUCUAAAGCAUCCGCAAAGCUCUGCUUCAUCAAUGAUUCCUGUGAAAGUGUGAACAUGCUGAUAAGUCCUGUUAAGUGUUUUCCAAUAUGGUUUAACAGAAAAAGGUUAAUAUCACAUGACAAAUAUAGCUGUUACUGCUUUUUCACUAGUAGACAGUCACUUUGAAGCUCCUGUGAGGAAAUUUCUGUGUUGAUUUUGGUGCCCCCUGUGGACACAGUGGUCACCUUGAACUGUUUCUGAUUUAAUCUUGUCAUUGUAAACUUUUAUAAACUAUCAAAAACUCCUCAUAGGAUCUUUAAGUAGAAUGAAUGUAUUCUUGAUGACAUCUCUGUGUUUUGACUUUUGUAAUUUCAGCUAAAACAAAAUAAAACAAAAACAGAAAUGAACACAAAUUAUGUAAUCAUUAAUCAUCAUGCUUUCUAUGAGUUUAACUUUUUUGAUCAACUAUCUUGCAAUUCUGCUUUGUUUGCUUUGCACAUCAUUGAAUAAAUGACUCUAACCAGCA